ACUUCUUCAUCCGUUGCUCUCCCUCCAAUUUCCCGUCGCCAUUCACACAACAUGAAUUCCGAUUCAGACUCAGAUUCAGAUGCUUCUCACAUCUCCGCCACUCCUCCCAGAAAUUCAAAGCCGCCGCCGUCUUCUUCAGUUACUCCGUUCACGUCAGCUUCCAAUGCCAAGUGUAAGUUCAGUAAAGCCACUUCUUCUCUGGCGCGUACCAGGUCGAAACCUGGAAAGCACUCCUCCAGAGUUGCUAAACCUUCUCCACCGCCUGAUACGAAACCCUCCGAGGAAGAAUCGCUUCCCGACUGGACUCCCCUUCCAACUCUGCCAUAUCAUAUCCGUCGGGCUUCGGAUCAGAGUCGUGGAAUUUCGUCCUCCGAAUCUAUCGAGAUGCUUCCAGCCGGGUUCUUUUCAAAAUCAUCAUCGUUCUUGAAAUUCCGUGGAUCCUGUCUUAAUUUUGAGACUUCCGAGGAAAAUCCGUCUUUAUCGGAGCCGAGCCAGCAGAACAAUGCUGAGACUGAGGUCGCUAGUUGUUCAACGGCUGAUUGGGGAUCAAAAGAUAAUUUGUUUAGUCCCGGGAAUCCGGUGAAACUCGUUAGGAAAUAUCCUAACUUGAUUGGAGCCCACGUUCCUGCUCCGCCAGUCAAAGUGCGCAAAUGUGGAGGUGAAGGCAACUUUGUGAAACUUAACUUGAAUGGUAGGAAGCGAAAGUUUAUUAAGAAAUUCAACCGGAGAAAGUAUGGCGAGAGGAGUAGUUACCGGUCCCAUAGAAGGACUAAGAUGAACUUGAAAAAUGGAGAUUGCCACGAGACGGCUAGUUUCUUCGAUGAAGAUGGUUUGGUUACAGAAACAACGCAACAUCCACAGAAGCAGGGCAAUGGAGGAGCGAAAUUUGAUCCCGUUUCCAUUGAAGAGACUAUAUCCAAUGUGCGAAAUGACCCAUCUGAUGAUAACUUGGUAGAGUUGUUGAAGUUAGCUUAUGGAUACGAUUCUUUCCAAGAAGGGCAGUUAGAGACUAUCAAAAUGGUGCUGGCCGGGAAAUCAACGAUGGUUGUUUUGCCCACCGGUGCCGGUAAAUCAAUUUGUUAUCAAAUGCCAGCAAUGGUUCUACCUGGGAUAACUGUUGUUGUUAGUCCUUUGGUGGCAUUGAUGAUAGAUCAGAUAAAACAAUUGCCGCCUGUAAUUCAGGGUGGUUUAUUAUGCAGCAGUCAGAGACCUGAUGAAGUAUCUGAAAUAGUGAGGCUGCUUAUCCAAGGGUCGAUGAAGGUGCUCUUUGUUUCACCUGAAAGGUUUCAGAACCCAGAUUUUUUGUCAAUGUUUUCUAGUGGCUUAGUGGUAUCGCUUCUUGUGGUGGAUGAAGCUCACUGCAUAUCUGAAUGGUCACACAAUUUUCGACCUUCAUAUAUGAGGCUUAGAGCAUCUCUACUUCGAGCUCAACUCAACAUUAACUGCAUUCUUGCAAUGACUGCAACGGCAACUACUUCAACUAUGCAAGCAAUUAUGACUGCGUUAGAAAUUCCUUCAGAUAAUCUCAUUCUGAAAACUACAGUAAGGACAAAUCUACAAUUGUCAGUAUCAAUGAGUACAAAUAGAGUGAAAGAUCUACUUAAGCUAAUCAAGUCUUCUCCCAUAGCUGAAGUUCGGAGCAUUAUUAUCUACUGCAAGUUUCAGUUGGAAACUGACUCGGUAAGCAGAUACUUGUGUGAUAAUGGCAUCUCUGCAAAGAGUUAUCACAGUGGUCUUCCUGCUAAAGAUCGCAAACACAUACAGGAGAAUUUUUGUUCAAACAAGAUUAGAGUGGUUGUUGCUACUGUGGCUUUCGGCAUGGGACUUAACAAGAGGGACGUUGGCGCAGUAAUCCAUUAUAGCAUGCCGGAAAGCUUGGAGGAAUAUAUCCAAGAGAUAGGGCGUGCCGGCCGUGAUGGUAGAUUAUCCUACUGUCAUCUAUUUCUUGACAAUGACACAUAUUUCAAGCUUCGAAGUCUUAUGCACAGUGAUGGAGUUGAUGAAUACAAUAUAAACAAAUUCAUCAGUGAAGUGUUCUCUGAAAAUAACAAUUCGUGUGGAAAAGUGUAUUCAAUGGUCAAAGAUCCUGCAUCUCGUAAAUUUGAUAUGAAGGAAGAGGUGAUGAUUACAAUUCUAACAUACUUGGAGCUCGGAGAAAUGCAAUAUUUGCGCUUACUUCCUCAGUUAAAUGUGACUUGCACUUUGAAUUUUCAUAAGACUUCACCAGCGGUGCUUGCUGACAAAGAUAUCAUUGUUGCUGAAAUUUUGAAGAAGUCUGAAACUAAGCAGGGGCAGCAUGUUUUUGACAUGCUCACGGUGGUCAAUAGCAUUGGGAUAUCAUCUACCAGUCUCUCAAAUCAUUUGCAAAAUCUUAAGUUGAAGGGAGAAAUCACAUACGAAAUGAAGGAUCUGGCAUACUGUUAUACAAUUUUGAAAUAUCCUGAAGAUUUUUGUUCUCUGUCAGCACAUCUUAGAAAAUGGUUAUCCGAGAUUCAGACUAGUAAGGUUAGGAAACUGGACGCCAUGUUUGAUGCGGUGACUUCCGCUGUGAAUUUGUGUGAAAAGAAGACUCAGGGCUGCUUUAACUAUGAGCAAACACCAUGCUUAGAAGGAAAGAUUUGUUCUUAUUUCCAGGAGGGUGAUAAUUAUGAUAUUCCAAAUAAAAUGAACCAGAGCAGCCCGUUCCUCCGAGCAGAUAUAAAAGUCUUUUUGCAGAGUAACUCACAGGCUAAGUUCACUCCCAGGGCCGUUGCAAGGAUUAUGCAUGGCAUUUCGAGCCCCGCUUAUCCUUCAACAAUAUGGUCAAGAACUCAUUUCUGGGGUAGGUAUACACAGGUCGAUUUCUCUGUAAUAAUGGAAGCAGCUACGUUAGAGCUCUUAAAUUUUGUCGGGAAGGACGUCGCGUCCUAGCUAUACAUGAACAGAUAGAUCUUUUUCAAAACUGUUGUUGAGCAUCUAGAUCCACAGGCAUAGCAGUUGGGUGAUUGAAAACUUGGUCAUCUCAUUCUCAUCAAUCGACCAUUGCCAUGAUUACCGCUUGAGUAGUUAAGAAGCAGAUGGUCCAUUUUGUUGUCCGCCGAGCCUAAGUUCACGAGGACAAACAAGAUCGAUUUCAAGAAAGGAGAACAUAUUGGAAUCACAAGGGAUGGAGUUCAUCAAGUUUUCUGUUGGUUUUUGUACAGAUUUAUUGAUUACCAAGGCCCAUUUGCCUUGUUCAUCUGUACUUCCUGCAACUAAUGUAACUUAUACCACAAGUAA